AUGUCCAUCUUUCGGCGUCAUGGGUCAUCUCAACGACAACAGCAAGAACUCGAGAAUAAUGAGCUGCAAUCAGAGUCUAAGGUUAACGAGCUUAGAGCAGCUCUUGGUCCCCUGUCUGGACGCAACUUAAAGUACUGCACUGAUCCAUGCUUAAAAAGAUAUCUUGAAGCUCGAAGCUGGAACGUAGAGAAAGCAAAAAAGAUGUUGGAAGAGACAUUUGCAUGGAGAUCAACCUACAAACCAGAAGAAAUUCUUUGGCAUGAGAUUGCUGCUGAAGGUGAAACUGGAAAACUGUUCCGGUCAAAUUUCCGUGACCGAUUCGGACGAACUGUCUUGAUAAUGAAACCAGGACUGCAGAAUACAAAAGGAAUGGACAACCAGAUACGGCAUCUGGUAUACUUAAUAGAAAACGCGAUACUAAAUCUACCAGAAGGCCAAGAAGAGAUGGUAUGGCUCAUAGAUUUCAGUGGAUGGUCUUUUAGCACCAAUGUGCCAGUUAAAACCGCACGUGAAACCAUCAGCAUACUACAAAACCACUAUCCACAGAGGUUAGCUGUGGCGUUUCUCUAUAGCCCACCACGUCUUUUUCAUGCAUUUUGGAAGAUUGUUAAGUACUUCUUGGAUCCAAAGACGUUUCAGAAGGUGAAAUUUGUGUACCCAAAGAAUAAAGAGAGUGUGGAGAUCAUGCAAUCAUGUUUUGAUGCGGAUAAUCUUCCAAUUGAGUUUGGAGGAAAGACCACUUUGAAGUAUGACCAUGAAGAAUUUACAAAAUUAAUGAUUGAAGAUGACAAAAAAACUGCCAAGUAUUGGGGUUUUGACCAAAAAACUAACGGGAAUGCUGCUCCAGCAGCAGUCGCAGAAGAGCCUGGGUUGCUUAGUCCAGCAGAAUGCUAACAAUUGUUGUAGAAGGUUUGUCACAAGCAAAGGGUCUGAGGCUGGACCCUGAUUUUGAAAUUCUUCUUUAUUUUUGUUAUUUAUAUUGAAUUUCUUAUAUGUGCGGUUAAGUUUGAUAA